UUUCUAAAAUGCAAAUUUUAUAAACCUCAAAAGAGUGCAAGUUUGUUUACAAAUUUGAAAAUGACGACGACACUUCAAUUUAUUGCAAACAAUUAAUAGAAAAGUCAAGCAAUAAGCAUUGCAUUUGUGAAUUGAUUUAUCUAUGGAUUAAAUGAGGAACAUCUUUAAUAUCUACAUGUAUAAGUUAAUCAUGGACUACUUUAUUGAUAUGGGAUAAGCUGUCAUAGAAUGGAUCCUAAUCAGCAGAAUAGUGCACAGGGGAUCCAGCACAAUGUUCCUGGUCUGCCAGAUAUAGGGUACCAGUUUCCAAGGAUACCACAAAUGCAAAACAUACUUGGACCUCCUAUGAAUACAUUUGUGCCUGGUUACAAUGUGAUGCCACAGGGACAGGGAACAGUGAUGACUAAUAUACAAUCGGGUAUCCCAGUCAGUGGCUUUCUAUCACUAGGAAACUCAAAUGCAUCUGCUCCCCUUCCUUCCAUGGGGUCCUUUAUUGCAAAUCUUAAUCAACAAUCACAAGUGGGGUUGGUUCAGAAUGUUAACAAAGGAGGAAUGGAAAAUUGGACAGGAACACAUCAAAAUAAUAAUACACUGCCAAGUUUUGGUCAUUUCUUACUUCCCCAGCAGUACCAACAACAACCAACCAAUCAACAAGCAUUAAUAGGAACUUCAUCUCAAAUAAUCCCUGGCAACCAAACAUCACCACAGCAACAAGUUUUCUCUCCAAGCCAACAUUCCCCUCAAUUUUUUCAAACACAACAGCAGUCACCACAGCAACAGAUGUUUACAACAAAUCAAAAUUCCCCACAACAGGUGUUCAUCAAUAAUCAACCAUCUGCUCAGUUUUUCACACAUCCGCAGCAUUCACAACAGUUUUUUAAUCAGGCAAUUCAACAACAACAGGUUUUUAGUGGACAAGCACCUUCACAUCAGUUGUUCACAAACAUGACGAAUACACAACAAACACCACAACAAAUGUUCAGUACUUGUCAAAUUCCAAACAGACUUCCUUCAGGACAUGUUAUAGGACAAGAAGUAAUGCCCCAGGUGAUGGCUGCUCCUCGUAUGAAUCUGAAUACUAAUUAUAUUGCAGGAGUAAGUAAUGUUCUCGGAGUACCAGCUAAUCAGAUGCUCCCACCAAUUAAUCACAUAAUGACAUCAUCAGGAAGUCAGAUUUUACCUUCAGUUGCAAAUGUUUUACAAGGACAGACUUUACCCUCAUUUAGUCAUUUAGUAUCUCCAUAUGGUGGACAAAAUAGUACGAGUGGUCAAAUGUUUUUACCAACCAGUAUUUCAACAAGUCCUGUCACAACAUCAGUUAUGACGACUAUGUCAAAUCAAUCGCAUUUGAUAAACAUAUAUGGUGAUCAGAAAGUUUUAAACCCAGAUAAAUCAGUAUCCCAGGAUCCAUUAGUAGUUCAUUGCUGUACUGAAGUAACCAUAACAACACCUACAAUAACAACAACAGUUAGUCGAACUGAUUUAACACCAGUGACACUGCAAAUAUCUCCAUCUGUAUCAAAUGUUUCCAAAGAUAGGUCAAAACUACUUGAAGACUCAAGAACAGUAGUUGUGCCAUUUGGUUGGAGUCGUGUUGUAGUGGAUAAUUCUAUCAUUUAUUACAGUCCUAGUAAUGUACCAUUAAAGUCACCAAUGGAUUUAGCCAAAUACCUGACUACUGAGGGUACAUGCAAGUGUGGAUUAGAAUGUCCUGUAUUGAUCAACAAAGUGUUUAAUUUUGAUGUAGGAAUUCUUUCUAGGAUGUGGACAUUAGACAUAGACUGUCCUAAGGAUCUGACAAAACUUUGUAACCAUAAACGGAAAAUGAUAGCUAUGGCAGCAUUUCAUACAAACUACUCAAUUUCAUCAUCCCAGUUCUCAGAUACUGUAUCUGUAAAUUCUCUGAGUGGAAAUAUUUCAAGUACAACAGUUAGUAAAACUAAAUCAGAUCAAAAGAAGAAAACCAAAAGUAAAAUAGGGAAACCAGUUCCUUAUGAUGGUGUGUUAGUUUCACAGCUGAUAGCAGAGAGAGACAAGAUUAAACAGACAGACACAAGAAUUUCUGAUUUAGUAUAUAUUCCACAUAGUUUGGCCGAAAACAAAGUGCAUAGUGAAAUAUCAAAUAACACAAACACAAGCAUUCCAGAAAAACCACAUUACAAUCAUUUACACAGUGUUUCACAAGGAAACCAACCUUUAAGUUCAGUCACUAAUUUUGUUCCUGUUACAAGUCAGUUAAAUGACAACAUACCACAAAAUUUGUUAAAAAAUGUUCAAACAGCUACCAGUAUAAGUAUUGAAGCACAUGAUAAUGAUAAUUUACAGACUAGCAUAUCAGACAAUGUCAGGUUGGUUGUUACACCUCUCAGUGAAGCAAAUGUUGAGUUUUAUAACAAUACAUCUGAAAUCAAUUCAUCUCAAGAAACAUUGAUUGAUAAAAAGCCUGAUACACUGUUAUCUGGAGAUGAGAAUGUAAAAUCAAACAGUAUGUUAAAGAUUUCUACACACAGAGAAAGUCCACAAAGUAUUCGUGUAGAUUCCACAGUUAUGGAUGUGACAGAAAAUAGAUCUGGAGACAAUGAAAUAUCAUCAAGUCUUGAAGAAAAUGUAAUAUCCAAGAAGAAUGAAACAGGAGAAUUGCUCUCUCCUGAACAUGACGUUUUAUCUAAAAUAGAUAAAGAUACUUCAUGCAUAGCAUGUAUAGACGAAAAAAUGGAGAUUGAUGAAUCACUGACUGAUGAGAUGUUGAAAAAUAAAGAUGAUGAAAACCAAGUAAAACCCAGUAGUUCUACAUGUAGCAGUGUUUCUACUGCCAACCAAUCAAACAAAACCAUUGUACCCAAUAACCAAACAGACAUUUCUGCAUCUGAAGAAGCAGCUACUGAUAUAGAAAAUGACCAUACUAUAUUGGAAAAUGAAAUAAAGUGUACAAUUAAUUCUACAACAUCUGCUGAAACAAAAAAGAAAAUGGAAGCCCUAGUAAUAACAGAUGAAAUUUAUGUGACUACAACUAGCCAAUCAACAGCUGUCAUUAGUAAAAGUGAUUCAAAGUUUUCUUCAAAUACAUCUUCAAAUAGAGACUUACCUAAAAAGUCAACCUUUCUGCCUACAGAAAAGACAGCAUGCAUCAUUAGAACCUUGUCAUCGGUAACAAAUGAUUCACAAACUACUUUGUCAACAUUAACAAACGAAUCACCAACUAUUAGCAAAAAUAAUAACAUUGCUCAACCGUCAUCUUCAUUGGGUAUUUUAAAGGACACAUAUAUAACAGCUACUGAAGCAUUGAUUAACACUGUGGCUUCGAAUACACAAACAACUAAUGUGACUAGUUCUGUUCAGCAAACUACAAAAACAGAGGGGAAACCUGAUAGUCGUGAUUUGAGAAUUUCUGUGCCAAGUACUAUUGUCACAUCAAUAUUAUCAAGUAUAAAUGCAGUUAAAGGGCAUGAGACGGCAGAAAAGAAACAAAUUUCUCCUCGAUCAACACAAAAACCAGCAUCAAAGCAGCAAAAAGGGGGCAGCACAAAUUAUGGAGGUACAGCAUCAUCCAGAAAGUCACCUAAACCUCCAGCAUCAUAUGAUUCGUUUUCUAUGUACCAGUUAAGAUAUCCCAUGAUGCAUGGAGUAUUUCCACCUGUUUCUAAUUCUCAAGUGAAUCCUUUCGGCUUAAACCCAUUUACAGGACAGCUCAUGACUCCAGGAAUGUUUAAUUUUCCUUCUUAUCCAAUGAUGAAUGAUGCUUGGAUGGAUCCAAAAAUACCAAUAAGGAAGAAAUCUCCAAAAACCAACAAGAAAGAAAAAGUAAAAAAGAAAGUCAAUUGUGUAUAUGACAGUGACACACCACCCCCAAAUGUAGAUGUUAGUCAGUUACAGGAUCAUGGGAAAGGUCCUAUUCCCAAAGUUUCAACAUCAGCAUCUUUCAUGGAUGAUCCAUCUGCUUUUUUGGCAGAACAAACAGUGCUUAUAAGUAGUUCAUUAACCUCUAAUUUAUCUAGCCCAGCAAAAAAAUCGAAGAAUCCCUCAAAGAAAGAUGAUAAGAAUGACACAGUCGAUGGGGAUGUUAAGACCGCAACUGUUUCGUCUAGUAAAGUGAGUAAUAUCACUAAAACUACAACUUCAAUGUCAGUUUCAACACCAUUUACAUUAAGUAGUGCAUCACAUGGUAUGGUUGUGACUAAUAGUACUAGCCUCUCAAAGGUUGGAUCUGCUUUUAAAAAUAAACACUGGGGAUUACCAAUCCCGAUUUCAGAAUCUCAUUCCAUAUUAGAAUGUAAUGAAUCAGAUAUGUUCACAGAAGACCGAUGUGAAUCCUUGUCCCCAGAUUCAGGUAACGAAGGCCUUUCUAUGAAUGAGACAAUAACUCCUAGCUCUGUUGUUCAUCAUACUGCCACAAAACUUUCUAAGGAGAAAACACCAGAAUCUCAUUCUGAUAAGAAUACAAUACAAAACAAUAAAAUAUUGGAUAUUUUGUCAAAUGCUAAGAAAGGUUUUCCACCUGUAGGUCCAAUUGUAAAAAAGAUUUCACCUAAAAAAACUGUUACCAGCGUGACAUCAUCAUCUAUGACUCAGCCAGCAGUCAAGUCUUUUUCAAAUCGAAGUGCAAUACAACAGGUGCUUAGCAGUGCAAAAUCAAAUGAGUUUCCAGCAAGUACAUUGCUGUCUGCAGCUGCUAGAGCUCAAAUGGCUCAACAAACUAUGAAUUUCCCAAUAAUUCCAUCAGUUACACAGACACAGUUACCGUAUGUGAGUCAAGUUAAGACAAGUAUUGCAAUGGGCAACAAUGUAUCACUUGUAUCAGCUGAUGGGAGUACUUUUCUUGCUACACAAUCUAAUACAGAAACGCUAAAUUCAGCAAAACUACAAGGAAGUAAUCCAAAGAGUGACAUUGUCUCUGGACAUGAAUCUGUUGCUAAAUUGUUGAGACAGCCAAUUAACUUGAAUAGAAAUACUCUAAAAGGCAUUGAUACUAUUAUAAGUAAACCUCAAACUUCAGAAAAGUCAUUGAACAGUUCCGUAUUAGCAACAACAGUAUUAAAUUUGAAUUCCAAAACAGUUGAUUCUGUCCCAGGGGUUUCAGUAAAUUCUGUUACCAUUCCUAAUUCUGUACCAUCAAACAUAUCAAAUAGCUUACCCCAUAUAUUGCCAAAUUUAUCUGGAUUACCACAGAAUUUAGGACAACCACUAAUGAAUAUUAUUGGCAAUAACUUAGGAAUGAAUUUACUUCCAAAUGGACAAGUGGUACUGCCAGAACAGAAUGGCAUAACAAUCCCACAAAACAAUGUUCAAUGUAUUCCACUUCAAAAUGACCAUCAGACACAUGCAUUUGUAAAUAUGGAUAAUACAAGUCAAAGCAUACAUGGAAUUAUGACAGGAGCAAAUACAAUAGGAAGUUUAUCCAACAAGAGUACAACACAGGUGUUACCUCUUGAAUCUCAGCCUAAUUUGGUGAAACCUACUGAAAUGCCAAAUAUCACAAAAAUGUCUGUGAAUUAUGGUGAUCAGUUGCUACAGCAACAGAACAUCCAAUCAACCAAUGGACAAAUGGUUCUUAUGCCAAAUUUACAUAUGCCAUUGAUGCAGUAUCUGGGAGCAAAUUCAUUGCCAGUGAAUAUGAAUUUGGAUAAAACUGCAAUUCCUCAAUUAUGUAAUAUGCCAGAUUUGCAAAUGCUUAAUGGACAAGUGCAGAUUGGGUUAUCCCAAGUGGGAGCACCUUUAAACGUGAUGAAUGUUCAGCAACAAGUAUGGAACAAUCUGAAUACAGGAAAUCUGACAGCUAUGCAGAUACAAACAUUACAAUUACAACAACAGUUGCUUCAGCAAAUUCAACAGCUUCAAGAUAUGCAGUCAUUGAUUAGUCAGUUCAGUCUCCAAGGGAACAGCUUACCUGUGACGACUAGUGCCAGUAGAGACAUUUCCAUGACAACAAAAGAAAAUCCCAUUACAGGGAAAGAUACUCCUGAAACAAUGGUUUCCAUUGUGUCUACUACAUGCCAGGAAAGUCCAGGAAAUGAUGAAGACGGAUCUGGCAAUUCAGAAGAUAAAGGAACUUGCACAGAUUUUGAUGAGGGUGACGAUGACUCCAAUUAUCUGAACUCUAUUGAGGAGGACAGGGAGGACUAUAAUGGUGAUGUUGCGGAUACAACAUGUGGUCAAUCAUCACCCAUGGAAAGAGAUGAAGAUGAAGAAGAUAUUCAGGUAGAAAAUUUAUAUGACACUCAUACCUCUGAAAUUGAAACUGACAGUGAAAAUUCUGGUGCUUUUCAUGGUCUAAGAAAUACUUUAAGUGGUGCUAGUAGUAAUUGUAGCACUGCUGAAAAUUUGACAGAAAAUGUCAGUAUGUGCCAUACAAACUAUACAAGUGAACCGGUGAAUCUUGUUUACAUUAAAAAACAAGACAGUUUAUGUGCGAAUGUAUGUACUAGUAGUAGUGGUGUAGUUGAUUCAUCUGUGAUGUCAUCUAAAACCCAAUCAAAAUAUAGAAUUUCAACACAGUCUUCAAUAAAGAAAUACAGUUCUGAACAACCUUUAUAUUCAACAGAGACAUUGUUAGAUGUAUCUGUGCCUUCAUGUAUUGAAAACACUUCCAUAUCAAACUCUCCAGUGAAUCUGUCAUGUCAGACCCGAAACAUGGGCAAGGAUGUUGAUCAGAAUGUCAUUUCCUUACAACCCAGUGAAAAUGAGGCCAUUAAUAUGUCACAGAAAAGAAGUUUUGAGGAGGAAGAAAUUGAUGUUACAGAUGACACUUUUGAGUCUGCCAGUCCAGUAAAAGGAUUACAUGACUUUUCUAUUGGAGAUUUGGUUUGGGGACAGAUCCGUGGGUUUCCUUCUUGGCCAGGAAAAGUUGUACAUGAGUCUGAAGUUUAUGAAGCAGAGGAAUUAGAACCUGGAAAGUGUUGGGUAAAAUGGUUUGGUGAUCAUACUUUCACUCAAGUAGAAAUGUUAAAACUGAAAACUUUAACUGAAGGACUAGAAGGACAUCAAAAAUCAAAGAAAAAGAACAAAAAAGGCAGAAAAAUGAAUUCUAACCUGGAAGCAGCCAUACAUGAGGCUUUGAUAGAAUUAGAUAGGCAGACCACUUUACAGAUGGAAAUGAAAAUUAAACCAAAAGGCAAAAUUACCAAGAAGAAGAAGGUUAAAUAAAGACAGAAGGAGACCAUAUCAUAUGAUAGAUCACAGAGUUCAGAAGAUACUUAUCAUUUUAUUAUUGUUGCUUAAGUCAUCUGGGAAUCUUAAUUAUGAUUUUGAACAAAUGGGGUAUAAAGAUUUACUACAAUUGUGAUUAUUUUAUUUUAAGUUUAGUGAUAUGUGAUUUACAUGAGUUUUUACAUGCGGUUAUUGAUGGAAGAGCACAGGUGUCAAAUCUUCAGAUGUAAGACACAAAUGAAAGAGCUUGUAUUAUCAUUAAUUCAUUAAAUUGGAUUCUCUAUCUGAAAAUUAUAUCUCAAUACUGGGGGUGAAAUCGUAUCUCCUUACAGGGGGUGGAAUCAUAUCUCCAUACAGGGGGUGAAAUCUUCCACUGUUGGACAGUUGAAAAUCUCACAAUUUCUCCCAGUUACACACAUCAUUUUAUACCAGGUUUACAACAUACUUCUAAACAAUUCCUCAAAGAGAGAUUUCCAACUUUAGUGAUUUGAAAAAUUGACAAGUGGGCAACCGAAUCCGAUGUUUCUGAAUUUUAUGUAUUUUUUCAGCUAUAAAUGCAUACACCAGUACACAAAUAAUAUAAUUUAUGUUGCCUUAUGACUGGACAGUGACUGCUUCACUUUUCUAUUUUAUCCGUUCAAUUGAUAAGAAAUUUUACAGUGAUGUUGGUAGAACUGGAAUAGAAUUAAGAAUACUCACAAUCCUGUAGGAUCAAUAUCUACUGUCUGCAAAACAACCAAUUGUAAAGUCACAUAAGAAAAAUAAACUAGUAAUUUUUAAAUUACUAUAAAUUGUAAAAUUUUAACAUGCUAGGUUUAAAAGGAUUGACUCAUUUCUUAAAGAAUGAACUCUUUUUAAAAAAUAUAAUCUAAAAAUUCAGUAAAAUAUACAUUGGU